AUGAGCAAGGAGCAGAGAGAUAGUGUGAAAAUGAGGUCUUUCUUGACGGGAACAAAGUUGAAAGGUUUCGACGAAAGGACUUUGGCGGCUGCAGAAAACUUGUUUGAGGAGUUGGAAAUGGAGGAUGACAAUCAAAAGGCUUGGAACAAAUUGAAGCUUGAGGAGACGGAGGGGAAGUUUUCUAGUGAAAAGCCCAAAAGAAAAAAAGAAAAAGAAACUAUAUACAGUAUAAUCAUGGAAGGUACUAAAGUAACUGUCAGAAAAGCAAAGAAAAAACAGGUUAAACACGAGCUCGACCGAAUUAAGCUGGCCGAGAAGAAGAAGAGGCGGCUCGAGAAGGCCCUUGCCAUGUCAGCUGCCAUCCGUUCGGAACUUGAGAAAAAGAAGCAGAAAAAGAAGGAAGAACAAGAAAGGCUUGAUGAGAAAGGUGCUAGAAUAUCCGUGGCUGUUGCACUCCACGUUUUACUCGGUGAGGACUCGGAUGACUCGUGUAAUAAUAACAUUAAUCUGUAUAAGGAUGAUGACAUCAUCGUGUGUAGGGGACAAUCUUUGCUCCCUUUUUGUGAUUUGUCUGAAUAUUCGCCACUCGGGCAAAUGGAGAAUUACUGGGAAAAUUCGAACUUUAUGGUCUCGUCUGGUUCUUAUGUGGGGGACUUUUGUUGCUAUCAGUUCUUUGGAGAUGAUGUUUGGGGCUCGAUCGGUAAUCUUACUGCUCGUGCAGAGACACAACUGUCAACUGUAAGUUGGGUGUUUUGGGUCGUGUUAGGUUCUGUUCUGCCUUUCGAUUUCGAUGUUUCUGAACAUUAA